AUGCUUAAGAAAAAACGCAACGCCAACGCCAUUCAGACGCCCAGCGACGCCGAGCAUGUGAAGCUCAAGCAGAGGCCGCACUUCCAUCCGCCCCAGAAGCAGCUGGCACUUCCGUCGAUCGGGUCAUCACCGCCGCUCCUGCAGCGUCUACAGUCCAAUCAGCACCUAAACGCCCGCAUCACCUUCUCCCUGGAGCUGUACCACAAGAACGUUAUCAAGAAACUGCCCGGCAUCGGGAAAUCCCAUGUCUAUAGGCGGACCAAGAACGUCUGCCAGACUUAAGUCCACAACCACAACCAUCCAAUCCAAUAUUCAAAUUCUGAUAAA